AUGAACUCGGUGGUCACCACCGGUUCCAACAGGCGUGCUUGUGGAUCCUUCGGCUCAGGCCCCUCUACUCGGGUGGGGGCCGCCGCCGGGGGCGGGUCCCAGGCAGAGGAGGCGGCAUCACGCGAGGCCGAGACCGCCGAGGUGGAAGUGGUGUCGGUCUCCUCCGGCGAGCCAUCUGAUGUGGCCGAAGUGACAAAGCCCUCCCGCACCGAGGGGCCUGUAGCUCUCGUGCGGGUGGGGCGCGAUCCUUACCAGUGGGGCAGCCCGCGCCUCACCUGGUCGGAUAGGAACCAGCCGGGGACGCCGCCGGUCUUCGUGCUGGAUGACGCCGAGGAGCAGGGGUACUGGGACCGGCUGCAGUCGAGGUGCGAAGGCUUCAACAAGACCCUGUCCUUGGCAUUAUCCAUCCUGCACGAAGACAUCCGCCUAGCUGGCCAGCGCACCCGUAAGGAUGAGGAGGCCCAGAGGGUGAAGGCCGAGCACGUCGAGCUAUUGCGGGUCUCCGCGCAACAUGUGUCCGAGCUCGGGCUCAUCCGCCGCGAGCGCGAGCAAGCUCUUGGCGAGCGCGACGAGGCUCGGCAAGAGUGCAUCAUUGCUCGGCAGGUGCGGGACAUUGUGAAGGACCAGCUGAAGAACGCCACGCGUGAGGUCUCUCAACUUGCCGAGGAGAACCACACGCUAACGACCGAGGUCCAGUCCCUUCGAGCCGUGUUGUCCCAUGGGCGUGAGCGGGAGGCUGCGAAAGCCAAAGAAAUAGAAGGCCUGAAGGGUAAGCUUGCCAAGGUGGGAACAAAGCUCUCGUUGGCGCAGGAGGCCUUGGAGACGGAACAACGCGAGCACUCCGAUCUAUGCUCCGCCGUUGGGCUGGUGCGCGACGCCGUCGGGAUGGUCCAGGUCCCUGUACCAGCAGAUCGAUCUGGUGGCGCUGAGCGAGGGCUACGUCGACGCCCCGAGGAAGAGCUCGACGCCAUCGACGUGAAAGUGGUGGAGCUGGCGAAGACUUUGGCGGCGAAGUUCGAAGAUGAAGUCGUUCCUCCGUCCCUGGAGAUGUGA